GUAUUUAUCAAGAUAUAAGAUAAUAUUUUUAUAAAAAUGUAUUCUUUGUUUGUUUUUACCGAAGUUGUUUUGGGAGAAGAGACUUGAAGGACUACGAGCGUGUGAUACGUAUGGCCACGAGCUGCAUGCAAUGGAACUGCCGAAAGGUUUGAAACCAGUUGGACCCCAUGUGAACGAUGAGACGAUACUGCAGUCGGUAGCGACGGCCCUGCAUGUUUCCAACCAGCCGGUCACCGGCCAGACUGGCUCCAAGUCAGCUUUGGAGAAGAAUCCAGGGGUUUUCAUCAAUCCGGAUCAGCCUCUCGUUCAGGCUGUGUCAGUUGCUGAUGAAGAUAUUAAACGCCAAGAAGAAAGAGUUUCAUCUGCCAGGAAAAAGUUGCAAGAAGCUAUAAGAAACUAUCUUGAAUAAUAUGGUAUUUUUUGUGUAUUUUAAAAUAACAGUAUCAAAUUAUAUUCAACUUUCUAGAUAUGUUUACUGUUGUCAAAUUUAUUGUAUAUAAUAAAAAUGUAGUUACAAUUUUCUUAAUACAAAACAAACACAUAGUUUUGUCUUAAUACACAUAGUGAAAAAGAUAUCGAGUACAGAGUUGCUGAUUUUUAUAUUCGAAAAUAUUUUCAUGUUGUAAUUAAAUUUGUUUGUAUUUAAAAUCUCAAGUAUGUUCUUCUAGCACAGACAGUGGUUCUAUUGGAAUUAUUGUGUACUCAAAUUGAAAAAAUCCAAGAAAUUAAAAUUUUUAUUAGAAAAUUAGAAUAUUACUAUUUAUUAACAUCUCAUUAAGUAGAAAAUAUUUUAUUAUUAGGCGUAUAUUUUUAAACUUGAACGUAAAUCUGAAUUAAUUGAAGUAUUACCUUAUAUUUCAAAUGUGUUCUAAACUGUAAUGUAUAAUUUUUAUCGCUUUCAUGACUUGUAUAUUUUUUGUCUUGAUGUGAUUAAAUAUACGUUUCUAUGUUCGUAUAUUCUGCAUCUGUUGUCCAGUAUUGCUCAUCAAAAAAUAUCAGUACUGAGGAUGCGCUAGUAUGUUUUUUAAACAAUGUAACAGAAAUGAUAAAUUCCAAGAAAAAACCAUUUGCAGUCUUCAUGGAUUAAUCCAAGGCCUUUGAUACCAUACCACAUGAUAAGAUUUGCAACAAACUGGAGAAGUAUGGUUUUAGAGGUCAUUCAUUAAAAUUCAUAAGAAGUUACUUGGAAGGUAGAUUCCAAAUUUUAACAAUAAAAGUAUAGAGAAACUGUCAUUUUACGGCCUGCUCCAGGGAACUGUACUUUCACCAAUUUUUAUCAUACGUUAUCCUAUUAAGCGAGCAAUUUAUGUACAUCUGUUUAUAUAAAAAACACUUAUUGA